AUGGCCACCGUGAAUCCUACAUCCACAAGCCCUUUAAUCAAAUCCAAACACCACAAAACCUUAUUACUCUUCAAAAGAGGAGGCUUCACCCACGCCACUAAUUGCUCCCUCCAGGCCCCAACCAUCCAUCACCCCAAGAUAUCCUCCUCUGCUGUCGCCGCACCACCACCACCACCACCUCCACAGACCUCAUCAUCGCCACACCCCCAGUGGAACCCCUUCCAGCGGGCCGCCUCCGCCGCCCUGGACGCCGUUGAGCGCGCCCUCAACGCCCACGAACUCCAACACCCCCUCCCCAAAACCGCCGACCCCCGCGUCCAGAUAUCCGGCAACUUCUCCCCCGUCCCCGAGCAGCCCGUCCGCCAUUCCCUCCCCGUCUCCGGCAAGAUCCCGGACUCCAUCCGCGGCGUCUACCUCCGCAACGGUGCCAACCCCCUCUUCGAGCCCCUCGCCGGCCACCACUUCUUCGACGGCGACGGCAUGAUCCACGCCGUCACCCUCCACGACGGCGCCGCCUCCUACGCCUGCCGCUUCACCCAAACCCACCGCCUCUCCCAGGAGCGUGCCCUCGGCCGCCCCAUCUUCCCCAAAGCCAUUGGCGAGCUCCACGGCCACUCCGGCAUCGCCCGCCUUGCCCUCUUCUACGCCCGUAGCCUCUUCGGCCUCGUGGACCCCACACACGGCAUGGGCGUCGUCAACGCCGGCCUCAUCUUCUUCAAUGGCCGCCUGCUCGCCAUGUCGGAGGACGACCUUCCGUACCACGUCCGGGUCACCCCCAACGGCGACCUCGAGACCGCCGGCCGCUACGACUUCGGCGGCCAGCUGUUGUCCACCAUGAUCGCCCACCCGAAGCUCGACCCGGCCACCGGCGAGAUGUUCGCCCUCAGCUACGACGUCAUCCGGAAGCCCUACCUCAAGUACUUCAAAUUCUCGAGAGACGGGAAGAAAUCGGACGACGUGGAAAUCCCCAUUACAGACCCCACCAUGAUGCACGACUUCGCCAUCACCGAGAAUUUCGUGGUGGUGCCUGACCAACAAGUGGUGUUCCGGCUGUCCGAGAUGGUACGCGGCGGCUCACCCGUCGUGUACGAAAAGAACAAGGUGUCCCGGUUCGGCGUGCUCGAUAAAAACGCGCGAGAUGCGCGAGGGAUGAAAUGGGUCGAGGUGCCCGACUGCUUCUGCUUCCACCUGUGGAACGCUUGGGAAGAGCCCGACACGGACGAGGUGGUCGUGAUCGGCUCGUGCAUGACCCCUCCCGACUCCAUCUUCAACGAGUGCGACGAGGGCUUGGAAAGCGUGCUGUCCGAAAUCCGACUCAAUUUGAAGACGGGCCAGUCAAGCAGACGGGCGAUUUUGUCCGAGGAGGAUCAGGUCAAUCUGGAGGCUGGUAUGGUCAACAGGAACAGGCUCGGGAGGAAAACCCGCUAUGCUUAUCUAGCAAUCGCCCAGCCGUGGCCCAAGGUUUCGGGUUUCGCCAAGGUGGAUUUGUUCACGGGUCAGGUUGAGAAGUUUAUUUACGGAGAGGAGAAAUACGGUGGGGAGCCACUGUUUCUUCCGCGGGGACCAGAGUGGGAGCAGGAGGACGACGGGUAUGUGCUGGCCUUCGUGCACGAUGAGAAGGCGUGCAAGUCGGAGCUGCAGAUUGAUGCAACAGCCAACCUAUCUUGGUCCAGCGUCAAGGUGUCAAGCAUGUCGAUCUCUAUUUGGCUGACCUUGGGUUUUCGAGCUCCGACUGGCAAUCCCCGAGCUCAACUGCUUUUGGCUAGAGGAUUUUGGGGGAGGAGGAGUUGCAAGUGCCUUAGGCUUGGUGUUUUGCUUCAUUGA